UAAAUGUUGUCGGCUGGAUUGUUGCUACAGUAAUCGCUAUGCUAGUUUUAUACGGCUUGUACUCACCAGAUGGUACAAACAUUCUCAACGAUGAUACGUCGGCAUUCUAUAAUGCCACGUCAAGAACUGCAUGGGGAAUGUGUGUUGCUUGGGUAAUUUUCGCGUGUGCCAGUGGAUAUGGAGGCCCUGUUUAUAAUUUAUUGUCAUGGCGUGCAAUUAUUCCACUGAGCCGCCUGACGUAUUGCGCAUAUCUAGUACAUCCGCUCGUGAUGUAUGCGUAUUAUUCUAGCAAAAGAACCUUGAUGAGAUGGUACGAUUUUGAAAUGAUAUACAUUUUCCUGGGCCACUUAUGUGUAUCGUAUGCUGCAGCGUUUGUUAUUUCUCUUGCGUUUGAAUCUCCAAUGAUGGGACUAGAGAAAGUGUUGUUGGGAAGAAAGAAAAAUAGUUGAUAUCCAUGACAACA